ACACAUGUGUUGCUGUUCACGUAGCUCAGAAACACUCUCAUCUUUCAUUAAGUGUGCGCACUUGCUCUUGCUAUACCGUUUUAAAUGGCAGAAUAUCAAGAAAAUCCCACUGCAGAAGAUCAAACAACUUUUACCAGACACGAUCGGGAUCAUAGCAGGCAGGACAGGUGUCCAGAUCAAACCAACGCGAGCAUGGAAGCGCCCAAAGAGCUCAAGAAACCUCGCAGUAACCGGGCAAAAUAUAAAGAACAAAAACGACUUAACACACACAAACUAGUCUUACAAUACAUAGUCCCAUGCAUGAACUCGUACGGUCUGUGUAUCGUGGAUAAUUUUCUGGGAGACAGAAUUGGCGAUCGCGUGCUUCAGGAGGUGAGACGAAUCCAUCAAAGUGGCAAUAUGCAAGACGGACAGUUAGUGAGCCAGAAAUUGGGGAAAAGCACAACUAUUCGAGGGGAUAAGAUUGCAUGGGUCGAUGGAUCUGAAAGUUGGUGUCUAAACGUUGGCUAUCUGUUAACCAGAAUGGACAAACUCAUCACGUGCGCGGACGGCAAACUGGACAAAUACAAAAUCAGAGGACGACACAAGGCGAUGGUGGCUUGUUAUCCAGGAAAUGGAGCGGGAUAUGUGAAACACGUAGACAAUCCUAAUGCAGACGGACGCUGUGUUACCUGUAUUUACUAUCUUAACAAAAACUGGAACGCUAAGGAGCACGGUGGGAUACUACGAAUAUUUCCCGAAGGGAAACCUUACGUGGCUGACGUCGAACCCUUAUUUGAUCGACUUUUGCUUUUUUGGUCAGAUCGAAGGAAUCCUCACGAGGUGCAGCCAUCAUAUGCUACGAGGUAUGCGAUCACAGUGUGGUACUUUGAUUCAGAGGAAAGAGCUGAAGCUAAAAGAAAAUUUAGAGACCUGACAGCGUCUUCACAGGAACGAUCAUCAUCUUAAUGUAGAAACACACUAGACUGUUUCCUCCAAGAGGAUUUGUUUGUUUUUCUCUUAUUUUGUUUGCUUCUUUUAGCAAUGCUUUUUGCACUGAAGGUACCCAGUCUACCCACCACCCACUGUAUGAUUUAUGUGCUUUGAAUCCAGUCCCUAAUAUCAGUGAAGAGUCUUUUUAGCUGCUAAUGACAAUUUUGUGAACAAUGUACAUUUUUUUUUAUACUUGUAUAUAAACUAUUAGAUGUAUAUUAAUAAUUAUCUGUUCUUAAAAAAAAAACAGUGAUGGAUGUAUGGCAAAAGAUGUUUUUAUGAACUAAAAGUGGAUAUUUGACUUUUAUAAAAAAAAAACGUGAAAUAUGCAGAAAUAUGCAUCAGGCAUUAUAAUUAUUUUCAUUUCUUUGCUUGUCCAUUUUUGUUUGCUGUUUUUGUAUUUUUGUGUUUGUGUGGUUCUGGUCAUUGGCACAUAUAUUUUAAGGUAAUGUUUUUACUCUUUACACAGUGAAUGAAAGGGUUAACUGCUAUUGAAAGAGUUUAUGUAUGCAUUAUUGUUUUUGAUUGACAGUUUGAUAUGGAAUAAGUCUUUUUUGUAAUGCAUUACAUUUAAGAAAACCUUUACUUUUGGAAGCACUUGAAAUGAAAUUGCUUUAGUCCUACUUGUUAAGUCCUCGUGUGGCUUAGAGAAUUUGAUCAGCUUGCAUGCGGGUCAGCAAUGCUGAGCAACCACACGCUUGAAUGAAUGUUAGUGAAAAACUUAUUUGUUUCAUAUAAUUUACAGUGGUAUGAAAUGUAACAAAAGUCAUCUUUAAAUGUGUUGUACUUUAAACAAUUUGAAAUGGCCAAAUUAAACACUGAAAGUGUUGAAAUGUCAAUAAUUGUCUGGUUUAUACUUUGUUGUUUCAUUUUAAUAAUAAAGUAUUUCCUUUGGCCAUAAUGUAGCACUGU